AUGCACAUUGGAGUAUUCCUUCAUGGGGAAUGGCACUCCAAAGCGCCGGCUAUUGUUGUAUCGCACUCUGUUGCUUUCCUCUCCUGCUUGGCCUUCAUUCCUGCAUUUGCCCUACCACUCACCGCUGGCUAUCUUGUCGCACUAUUCUCCAGUAUCGCCAUCUAUCGAGCAUUCUUCCAUCGGUUGCACUCCUUUCCAGGGCCGUUCUGGGCGCGGACUACUAAACUGUGGCAUCUCUGGAAAUCACGGUCGUCUCAGAACCAUUUCCUUCUCGCUGAUCUACGACAAGAAUACGGAGAAUUCGUGCGGACAGGGCCCAGCGAGAUAACAGUCUUCCACCCCCAUGUGUUCUCUGCCGUCGAUGGUCCUAGCAGCAAGUGUGGCAAAGCGGAAUGGUAUGAUUUGCUAUAUCCAUUCACAAAGUCUCUCGUGACCUCGCGAACGAAAGAAAUGCAUACAAUACGGCGCCUGGUAUGGAAGCAGGGUUUUACCUCGAAGGCCCUUCGCGAUGGAAAGGAUCAGACCCUUUCGCUCAUAAAACAGCUUGACAACUGCAUCCAGGCCGACAUCAGGACAGGCCGAGUUUCUGAACUUUCCGACUUUGUCUACUGGUUUAGCUUUGAUCGCAUGGCCUCUUAUGUUCUGGGACACUCAUUCAACAUGCUCCUGGAGCAGCAGUGGCAUUACAUCAUCGUCCUCCUACAAAGAGCGCUCUCGAUUCUUGGGCCGCUGAGUCCUACACCGUGGCUCGUCCAGCUCGCCUUUCGACUGGGGCCUCGCGUUUGGGUUAUUCAUGACUGGUUUACCAUGAUGGAGUGGUGCGGGGGCCAGCUAAAGCAGUACAAACCCGCCACAGAGGCAUGCAAAUCGCCGUCGCUCGCACACUAUCUCCUAGAGGACAUCCGGGAAAAUCCAGUGCACGAAUCCUGGCUUGCUGGGGACAGUCUGCUCGCUUUUGUGGCCGGCAGCGAACCAACAGCGGGAGUGCUGAUCGGUCUCUUCUACGAGCUGGCCAAGAACCCAGCGCAAGCGGAGGCUAUCCACCGUGAAAUUACUCAACACGAGGAGAAUGAUGUACUGCAAUGUCGCCAUUUGAAAGCAGUGGUAUACGAAGCCCUCCGGUUAUAUCCCAGUCUCCCGACCGGUGGGAAUCGCAAGACGCCGCGCGACGAGGGCAUAACAAUUGCGGGAGUAUAUAUCCCCCCUCAGACGACGAUUGUGGCUCCAAAGUACGCUAUCGGACGCUCCGAGAUUUGUUUCGAGAGCCCGAACGAGUUCAUCCCCGAGCGGUGGACAACAAGACCAGAAAUGAUACGCGAUAGAGCUGGAUUUGCGCCGUUUGGAGGUGGCGCCCACAGCUGCCUCGGUCGCGCGCUCGCGCUGAACGAUAUGUUGCUUGUCACCGCACAUGUUGUCCGACGAUAUCGCAUGCGUUUCCCCCCCGGUGAGACUGGGGAUCAUGUCUUCUUGGACUGGAGGGAUCGGUUCACGUCCAAGUUAGGGCAACUGCGGUUAGUUUUUCAACCUCGGGAGCCAGAGGUGGAGGUGUAG